AUGAUGGUAAAUGCCCAUACCUUGAUCUUUAUCUCGCAGAUUUUCGAUCGAGACCUGAAACGGCGACAACGGGACUGGGCCGUCCAGCAGGAGGAUUACAGUGCGGCCAGUCAUUUGCGGGAAGAAAUAGGAUGGCGGAUAGCGGAUAAGGUCUUCGACCUGACCAAAUUCAACGAGAGGGUACUCGACAUCGGAUGUGGCACGGGAUUUAUUUCACCGCACUUAAUAAAGGAAAACGUGCGCCACAUUGUACAGUGCGACCUCAGCGCUGAGAUGGUGCAUAGAAGCAACGGAUGUCCUGAUGAGGGCGUGGAGGUCGAGCGAGUGCAUUGUGAUGAGGAGACGCUGGCGGCAUUUCAACCUGCCUCAUUUGAUCUGCUGCUCAGCUCAAUGUCCGCACACUGGAUCAACGACCUACCUGGCUGGUUUUCCCGUUGCUACAAUUUGCUGAAAGAGGACUGUCCGUUUAUCGGGGCCAUGCUCAUGGAAGAUACGUUGUAUGAGCUGCGGUGUUCCCUGCAAUUGGCUGAGCUAGAGCGAUUGGGCGGCGUUGGUUCGCACAUUUCUCCCUUCGUAAAAGCCAAUGAUGUCGGUAGCCUGUUGGGUCGUGCAGGAUUUGAAAUGGUCACCCUGGAUAGCGAUGAAGUUCAGGCCAUGUACGCGAAAGAUGACACCCACCCCGCCACCUUUAAAAUCGUCUCUUGGAUUGGCUGGAAACCAGGUCCGAAUUCACCCAAACCGGCAAAGCGGGGCUCGCAGAACGUGUCGCUGAAAGAUCUCGAGCAGAUCGUUCAAGAUCCUGAAUACCAUAAAAAGUUGGCCGAGACGCUGCCGCCAAAGCCGAAAGGGAAGGAUUCC